AUGUUCUUUGUUGCAAGGUGGGGGAGCGCGGUCUAUCUGAGCGCCUUCCUGGUUCCGCUCGUCGUCAAUGCUUUCAAUUUUACGAAUACCAAUCCAACGCAAUGUGAUGAUUUAACGAUCCAGUGGACAGGAGGUCAACCACCUUUCAAUUUGUUAGUGAUUCCUCCUGGACAAAUUUUGCGCAAUAUAACGAUACCCCCGGCCGCGUUUGCAAACAAUGCUGGGACGUUCACGACACAGCUUGCACUUGCUGAACAUCAGCGCGUACUUUUCGCUCUAUCAGACGCCACUGGUGUUACUGCUGGGGGGACGUCUGCUUUGUUUGACGUAGGUGCAUCAAUCAGCGGUGCACAAUGCAAUACGACGAGUCCUACUGCGGAUUUUUUCUUCUCUACGGACAAUGACCUGUUCCAGUGCCAACCUUUUCCUUUCAGCCAAUAUCCCAACGCGGUCCAGCCCGUUACUAUAAUUGGAUUUAUACCUCAGAGCCCACCAUUGAUUUUCCAUCCUCCCAUCGGGGACUCCUUUUCAUGGAAUCCAGUAAAUCUCACUGCGGGGACAUCUAUCGCUUUCUACAUGACAGAUUCGCAGGGACGGAACGGAGGAAUCGCGAACAUCGAAGUAAUUCGCCUUUCUAAUGAUCAAUCUUGUUUGACGACGGCAUCGUCGUCAGGAAACCCUCUACCGACUGGAACGCUUCAGCCUGACUCCACCAGAGUACCGAGUUCGCAUACCCCCCUUGUUGCAGGCGUUGUGGCCGGGGCUGCGGCUCUCAUCCUUGUGUUGGCUUUUGCGCUAUUCUGCGUCAGACGUCGCCGCAAUCAAGGCCCGACGGAGAAAAGAAGCUCCAGGAAACCAAUUGAUCCUGUAUACGAGCAUGCAGGGUCCCCUGCGCCCGAAGGGGCUUCUUACUUGAUGAUCCCUACUCAGUAUACGGUCACGCCUCUGUCUGAAGCAGAGACUAUGAGUGCACGUUCGAGAAAGCGACAAAUGAUGCUAGAGGAUAGAGCAGAAAAUCAGUCUUUCCCUUCUGACACAUCUCGAAUUCAGUCAAUGACACAGUAUCCUCCAAGCACACCAGGUCCAUCAUCACAGUUCGGUACAUCUGGUCAUAGCAUUCUCAGCGGUUAUUCUUCUAUGGUUGCAACAUCGCCGGACUCCGAUCCUCGCAGUCAAUACAAACCUUCACCACGUUUAAUAAUACAUACAGAUAUUGCAGAAUCGAGCGCGGAGCCUUUGGAGCUCCCACCACAAUAUUCAGAAGGACGUAUGCCUAUCCCCGGUAUGGUGACAUCUGAAGAACCAGAUACCACAUUAUCACAAAAUUCAAGCUCGAGACCGGGAAAAAACUUUAGGUCGUAG